UUGUCUCAACUUCUUCACUUCUCACCCUCCACUGUCCACUUCUUACAGAUCUCAUUCUUUCCAAAAUGCAUCCCUUUCUCCGACCACCAACAAUGGCGGCGUUCACGGCAGCACUACUCAUUUUCACCACCAUACUCACAACCACCACCGCACACAACAUCACCCGCAUUCUCGCCAAACACCCUGAACUCUCCACCUUCAACCACUACCUAUCCCUAACCCACCUGGCUUCACAAAUCGACAGCCGAACAACCAUCACCGUCUGCGCCGUCGACAACGCCGCCAUGGAAGAUCUCCUCUCAAAACACCUUUCAAUAAACACCAUCAAAAACAUCCUCUCCCUCCACGUCCUCCUUGACUACUUCGGCGCCAAAAAGCUUCACCAAAUCACCAACGGCACAGCUCUCGCCGCCACAAUGUACCAAGCCACCGGCACCGCACCUGGCUCCUCGGGAUUCGUCAACAUCACCGAUCUCCGCGGCGGAAAAGUCGGAUUCGGCGCUGAAAACAACGACGGAGCACUAACUGCUUCAUACGUUAAAUCCGUUGAAGAAAUUCCUUACAACAUCUCCGUCAUUCAAAUCAGCUCCGUUCUUCCCUCCGCCGCAGCUGAAGCUCCAACACCAGCACCUAGCCAACAAAACCUUACCGUGAUAAUGUCAAAACACGGUUGCAAAAUCUUCGCUGAAACUCUUUCAACAUUUCACGAAGCUUUCAACACUUUCACUGACGCUAUCGACGGUGGUUUAAGCGUCUUCUGUCCCGCCGACGAUGCUUUCAAAGCAUUUCUUCCGAAAUUCAAAAACCUUACUAUGUCCGGUAAAAUAGAUCUACUUGAAUUUCACGGCGUUCCGAUUUAUAACUCAAUCCCUAUGCUGAAAUCAAACAAUGGACUCAUGCAUACACUUGCUACCGAAGGUGCUAGCAAUUACGAUUUCACUGUUCAAAACGACGGUGAAGAGAUUACGUUGAAGACAAAACGUGUGACGGCGAAGAUUAUUGAUACCAUUAUCGACGAGCAACCGCUUGCGAUCUAUACUAUUUCUAAGGUUCUUCUCCCGCAGGAGUUGUUUAAAGGUGAAGCUCCGAGUCCUUCUCCGUCGCCGGCGCCGGAACCAGCUGCGGCGGAUGCUCCUGAGCCACCUAAGAAAGGGAAGAAGAAGAAGAAGAAGGUUGCUGCUGAUGCGCCGGCGGAUGAUUCUGAUGCUCCGGCUGAUUCGCCGGAUGACGAUGCUGCUGAUGAUAAUGCCGAUGAUAGUGACGGCGCCGUUAGGUUUAACGGCAUUGUUGGUAUGGUUUUAGCUUUGGUUUUUGGGUUUCUAUUUCUAUGAGCUGUGUGUAACACAAACAAAAAAAGUUUCCUUUUUUUUUUUUUUUUUUAGUUUUUUAUGUUGUUUGGUAAGAAAGUUAAGGGUGUGAAUUUUUAUUUGAUUUUUUAUUUUUAUUGUAUUUGAUAAUGAUGUACUAAUUUUGGUGAUGAGGGGACUAUUAAAUGUUAAUGUAAACAUUUGUUUACUA